CUCUCUCUAGAAUUUCUCUCUCUCUAGAAUUUUCUCUCUCUAGACAAAUAGUAAACCAGAGGUUUGAGUUUCUUUUCUAUCUCUCUCUAAUGGAACCUCUGAAACCCUAGCGAAAACUAACCCACCUUGUGUUGUUUUGUCUGUUAUUUAUAUUUUUGAGUACCCAUUUAGCUCAAAAUGAAAACCCAUCUCUCAGUUUUAGUUCUUGUUUUCUCUUUCAACUUCUUCUUCUUCGUCUCUCUUCAGCUACAAGACGCUCAAAAUCUUAUCAGCUUCAAGAACGCUCUGCCCAACCCGUCUGUUCUUCAAAACUGGCUUCCGAACCAAAACCCGUGCGGUUUCAGCGGUGUUAAAUGUCAAGAAACUAACAGAGUUUCAUCUGUAGACCUGUCUCAGUUUAGUCUCAGCACUGAAUUUCGAACUGUGGCUGCAUUUCUUCUCACUCUUGAUAAGCUUGAGAGUCUCUCUUUGAAAUCAGCUAAUCUCUCUGGGUUCGUCUCGUUGCCGUCUGGAUCUAAGUGCAAUUCGGUUUUGAGCAGCUUAGAUCUAUCUCAAAAUGGUUUGUCUGGUUCCUUAUCUGAUUUAGAUGGGUUGUUAAGUUUUUGUCCGGAGUUGAAGUUCUUGAAUGUUUCCACCAACUUGCUAGAUUUUUCUGUUAAACAAAAAUCUAGUGGUGGUGGGUUGAAGCUGAGCUUGGAGAGUCUUGAUCUUUCUUACAAUAAGAUAUCUGGCUCAAACGUUGUGGAUUUUAUCUUAUCUGGCGGCUGUAAUGAGUUAAAGUACUUGUCUUUGAAAGGAAAUAAAGUUAGUGGUGACUUUGAUGUUUCGUUUUGUAAGAAUCUUGAGUUUCUUGAUGUUUCUUCAAAUAAUUUCUCGGUUAGUAUCCCUUCAUUUGGAGAUUGUUUGGCUUUGGAGCAUCUUGAUAUCUCUUCUAACAAGUUCAGCGGUGAUCUUGCUGAUGCAAUUGGUUUAUGUGGUAAGCUUAAGCUGUUAAACGCCUCCGCGAAUGAGUUUUCCGGUCCGGUUCCGGUUCUUCCCGGUGGGGUUUUGCAGUAUGUUUAUCUGGGUGGUAAUCAUUUUCAUGGGGAGAUUCCUUUGCAUCUUGUAGAUUCUUGUCCAGGUCUUGUUGGGCUUGAUCUUUCUUCGAAUAAUCUGUCUGGUUCUGUUCCUAGUAGUUUUUCUGCUUGCACUUCGUUGGAGAUUUUUGAUAUUUCUGUUAAUAAAUUCAGUGGUGAAUUGCCUAUUGAUACUGUUUUGAAAAUGAGUAGCUUGAAGAUUCUUGAUUUUUCGUAUAAUUAUUUCGUUGGUGAUUUGCCUGAUUCUUUGUCCAUGCUGACCAAUUUGGAGACUUUAGAUCUGAGUUCUAAUAAUCUAUCUGGUCGUAUCCCUACUGGUUUGUGUAAAGAUCCAAGAAACAACUUGAAUCAACUGUUUCUUCAGAAUAAUUUGUUUGUUGGGCCUGUUCCUGCUACUCUGAGCAACUGUUCUCAGCUUACUUCACUUCAUUUGAGCUUCAAUUACCUCACAGGCACCAUCCCGUCCAGCUUGGGUUCCCUCUCGAAGCUUCGGGAUUUGAAGCUCUGGUUCAAUCAGCUCCACGGAGAAAUCCCACCGGAGAUAACCGACAUCCAGACACUAGAGACUUUGAUUCUGGACUUCAAUGAGUUGACUGGAGAAAUACCUUCUGGUAUAAGCAAAUGCACUAAGCUCAACUGGAUCUCCUUGUCUAAUAAUCGGUUGACCGGUGAGCUUCCAGCAUCGAUUGGAAAUCUUACGAAUCUUGCCAUUCUUAAACUUAGCAACAAUUCAUUUUAUGGUAGAAUCCCACCGGAGCUUGGGGAUUGUCGUAGUUUGAUCUGGUUGGAUCUUAAUACCAAUUUCUUUAAUGGCACAAUCCCACCUGGUCUGUUCAAACAGUCUGGCAAUAUCGCCGUAAAUUUUAUCACUGGAAAGAGAUAUGUGUAUCUAAGGAACAACAAAAGUGAACUAUGCCAUGGCGAAGGAAAUUUGCUGGAGUUUGCUGGAAUUAGGUCGGAGCAGUUGGAUAGAAUCUCUACAAGGCAUCCCUGCAACUUCACUAGAGUAUAUGGUGGACACACGCAGCCUACAUUCAACGAUAAUGGUUCGAUGAUUUUUCUCGAUCUUUCAUAUAAUAUGUUGUCUGGUAGCAUUCCGAAGGAGAUUGGGACAAUGUCAUAUCUCUAUAUUUUGAAUUUGGGACACAAUAUGAUAUCCGGAAGCAUUCCGGAAGAGCUUGGAAACUUGGAUGGUCUUAUGAUUCUUAUUCUGUCUAACAACAAGCUCCAAGGGCUGAUUCCUAAUUCCAUGACUCGUCUUUCGUUGCUUACAGAGAUCGAUAUGUCGAACAAUGAACUCAAUGGUAUGAUUCCUGAAAUGGGUCAGUUUGAGACAUUCCAAGCUGCCAGUUUUGUCAAUAAUACAGGCCUCUGUGGGAUACCACUUCCGUCCUGUGGGUCGGGUUCAGACCCCAGCUCGAAUUCUCAGCAUCAGAAAUCUCAUAGGAGACAAGCAUCUCUAGUAGGGAGUGUGGCAAUGGGAUUGCUGUUCUCACUUUUCUGCAUCUUUGCUUUGAUUAUAGUUGCCAUAGAAACGAAGAAAAGAAGAAAAAGGAAAGACUCCGUCCUUGAUGUCUAUAUCGACAACAAUUCACACUCAGGGACAGCAAAUACCAACUGGAAGUUAACAGGCGCACGGGAAGCAUUGAGCAUUAAUCUCGCCACCUUUGAUCAGAGUCAGAAGCCGUUGCGGAAGCUUACUUUUGCAGAUCUUCUUGAAGCAACAAAUGGUUUCCAUAACGACAGCCUUAUAGGCUCUGGAGGUUUUGGUGAUGUGUACAAGGCGGAAUUGAGAGACGGAAGCAUUGUGGCAAUUAAGAAACUAAUACAAAUUAGCGGACAGGGCGAUCGGGAAUUCACUGCGGAAAUGGAAACCAUCGGAAAAAUCAAGCACCGGAACCUUGUCCCGCUUCUUGGGUACUGCAAGGUUGGAGAAGAGAGGCUCUUGGUUUACGAGUACAUGAAACAUGGAAGCUUAGAAGACGUUCUGCACGAUGAAAAGAAAUCCGGCAUCAAGUUGAACUGGGCUGCGAGGAGAAAGAUUGCCAUUGGUGCUGCCAGAGGAUUGGCAUUUCUUCAUCAUAAUUGCAUACCUCAUAUCAUUCACAGGGAUAUGAAAUCAAGCAAUGUACUGCUUGAUGAGCAUUUGGAAGCCAGAGUCUCCGAUUUCGGGAUGGCAAGACUCAUGAAUGUAGUAGAUACACAUUUGAGUGUUAGCACAUUGGCCGGCACGCCUGGUUAUGUUCCUCCUGAAUAUUAUCAGAGCUUUAGAUGUUCUACCAAAGGUGAUGUAUACAGUUACGGUGUAGUUUUGCUCGAGCUGCUAACCGGAAAGAGGCCGACGGAUUCAGCAGAUUUCGGCGACAACAAUCUUGUCGGGUGGGUGAAGCAGCAUGCCAAACUGAAAAUAACAGAUGUAUUCGAUCCGGUACUCAUGAGAGAAGAUCCAUGUCUAAAAAUCGAGCUUUUACGACACUUAGAGGUGGCGUGCGCUUGUUUGGAUGAUCGGCAAUGGAGACGACCUACGAUGAUACAGGUAAUGGCAAUGUUUAAAGAAAUACAAGCAGGGUCAGGCCUGCAGGACUCACAAUCGACCAUAGCCACAGAAGAUGACGACGGCUUUACUGCAAUUCAAAUGAGUAUAAAAGAAGAUCCCGAAAAGGCGUAAAGAGAAAGAAAUAAAAAAAUUCAGAAUGAGUUUUGCUGUGAAUUUUAUUGAAAGAAAGAAGAAAGAAGAAGCACAAAAUUUUCCCUCUUCUUUGACCACUCGAAAAUGGCAUAAAAAAAUAGAAACCCUGUCAAUUGUAUCUCUUACCAAAUUAAUGUAUGUAUCAUGUACCCUUGCCUCUUCCAAAACUCUCUUCUUUUAUACUUAAAAGCUUGUUUUUUUAACUUUGUUAUAAAUGUGUAUAUACCAUAGUUUUCAGGUGUUAUAUGUCAUUGUCUUGCUCCUUUAA